GCUCCCAUCAACGUUGCUCCGGCUCCAACCAACCAGUACAUCCCUCCAGCAGCUCCCGCUCCCAUCCAAGCUGAUGCCCCAGCACCAGUUGCUCCAGUCUCUCURCCAGCCCCGGCUCCGGUCAACCAGUACAUCCCUCCUGCCGCUCCCGCUCAGGCUCCCAUCCGUGYUCCCGCCCCCGCACCAGCGCUGGCCCCCCAGCCCUCUCUGGAGGAGAUCGAGCCCAUCUCUAAUGAUGGAUACCGCUACAAGACCGUGCGUCGUAUCAUCCGUCGCCGCUUCUAAGCAGUGAUCGAGAGUCCUAAGUCUAGGGCGAUGACAAGAAGUUGAUUCAAUAAAAAAAAAUAUUAAGUUUGUAAAAAA